CCCAUCGCUCUGUCUUCUACCUUAGCCAAAAUCACUGAACACCUUAUUAAAAAUCGACUAGAAUGGCUGGUUGAGAACAGGGGCCUCCUGUCUAGUUCCCAAUUUGGUUUUAGGAAAGGUUUGAGUGUGCUAGACAGUCUUAGUAUUUUAACAACUGACAUUCGCUCCUCUUUUCAAAAUAAACAGUAUCUGGUUGGUGUAUUUUUGGAUGUAGUUUCAGCGUACGAUAAUGUUCUUCUUCCAGUGCUCAGACAGAAAAUGUUACAGCUGAGUUUGCCUGAGAGGAUGAUACAUUUUAUCUUCAACUUAUUAAUGUUGAGGACGAUACAGGUACGCUCUUCUAAAGAUACACCUACUAGACUUGUAUUUAAAGGACUCCCUCAAGGGUCCGUUCUGAGUCCUUUAUUGUAUUCUAUUUACACCUGGGAUUUGGAUAAAUCCAUUCCAUCAUAUUGUAGCGUUCUGCAGUAUGCGGAUGAUAUAGCAUUAUAUGCCUCGUCAGAUAAUAUGGAUGUGAUUACCUUCCGACUUAACAGUGCCUUAGCUUAUUUGGAAAAUUGGAUGAGUGAUCAUGGCUUGUCACUAUCGCCUAGCAAAAGCAAUGUAGUUGUGUUCUCUAAAAAACGCUUGAUCCCACAGCCGGUAAUAUUGCUAGAAAACUCCUCAAUCCCUGUUGUCAACAAGAUUAAAUUUCUAGGAGUGGUGCUUGACCAAAAGCUGAAUGGUAUGGCUCACACUAACUACAUUUCUCAAAAGUGCGAAAAGGGUAUUAAUGUUUUACGCUCCCUAUCUGGUGUUUGGUGGGGAUCACAUCCAUAUUGUCAAAAACUAGUUUAUAAUGCUAUAAUCCGUAGCCAUUUAGAUUAUGCGUCGUUCAUCUUAGAACCUUGCAAUAAAACUGCUUUAGUAAAAUUGGAUAGAAUACAAUACAAGUGUCUGCGACUCAUUAUAGGCGCCAUGAAGUCUACCCCAGUCAAUGCCCUUCAGGUAGAAUGUGUAGAUCCUCCUUUAUCUCUCCGCCGUCAAUAUCUGGCAGACAAGUAUUUCUUUCGGCUAAUACAAUUAUCUUCCCAUCCCCUCCUUCCUAAAAUUCGAAAUCUUCUUCAAAUACUUACCCUAAAUAACCUCCGUUGUCCUUCUGAUUUUCCUUGCCUACUUAAAAGUCUCAUUAAAUUUAACCGCCUCCCAGACCCAACAUCCCAAUUUAGUAUCCAUCCUUUAUAUUCAACUCCGUUUCAUGCUCUAGUUUUUAUCCCCAAUAUUAAUGUGAGUUGUGGUAUUCAAAAGCGUGCUCCAGAUUCUAAUAUUGCUUUUAAUUGUCUGGUUUCCUCCUACUGGCAUGGUUAUAAUGUUUUUUUCACGGAUGCCUCAAAAGUGUCAAAACAUCUUGCUGUAGGGGUUGCUGUAUGGCACCAUAACUCCAAAACUAUUUUGCAAUUUAAAUGUCCCCCUCUCUCUUCUGUUUUUACAGGUGAAGCCACUGCUAUUCUGGAAGCUUUGAAUUUUAUCGACUCUCAUAAUCUCCAAAAUUCUGUAAUUUUUUCAGACUCCCUCAGCUGUCUUCAGACUAUUACUUCUAACCCUUUCCGCUCAAAGUCUAAAUUUCCUAUCAUCUUUCGAAUUAAAUCCGCACUUUACAACUGCUUCAGAAAAGGACUCCAGGUAGAUUUAGUACAUAUUCCAAGCCAUUCAGGUAUUAUAGGCAAUGAGAAAGCUGACAUUCUAGCUAAGUCAGCCAUUCAACAUGGUACUCUGGAGCAUUACUCCAAUUAUGCCCAUGAUCUCUCUUCUCUGUCUAAGGAUCGCUUGGACUGUACAUGGAACAGCCAGUGGAAAAAUUCAAAUAAAGGGAAAUUUUAUAGAGACAUCCAACCCUCAAUUCCACGUUAUACAGCUCCAUGUAAGAAGUUUAUGAGUAAAUAAAAAGUGAAUCAUCUCAUCCGUGAUUUUUCCUCAGCACAGAGUAUGCUUAACAUGAGCAUUAACUUAAAUUGAUCAUCUGUUCAAAACUUGACAUUGGCAGAAUCCGUCUUCACUGGGAUCGGGAGUUGCCAUUUGUAAAAAGAAGAAGAAGAAGAAGU